GCCUUUUAGUGACACAAGAAUUUUGGCCAGAUUUUGCUGCUAAUGUCGUGUCUGCAUUCUGAACGCUCGGCAACAAUUAUACUGCGACUUGUUUAGCUAGAGGCUGCCAAAUUGUCAAGUUACGAAAACCCCCCUUAGCGUGCCUAGAACGUUUGAGUGUUGGGAAGGGUGUUGCACUCGCGAACAAACCUGGAAGGGAUUCACAGAGCCGACCGCUCACCACUCCGAGAGAUUCUGUCUUUGAAGAAUGGUGUCGUCCAGUGCUGAAGCUCCAAAGUUUACUGUCCGCUGGUUUCAUGCUGUUGACGUACCCAAGCACGAUUCUAGUCCUUUCAAGGUUGUCAGUACUACAACCGCUCAAAAACCUCCUUCUUCAUGGAAACCCUUUUCCGAGAGAGACUCUGCAGAUUUAGAAGCGACAUGGCGGCGACUACAGAAGAGUAUUGAGAAGCGCAAGAGUGACGGGGAUCCAAGUACCGCGGAGAUUCAAGUUGAUAGCAAAGUUCCCGUCAAUGAAGACCAUCUAUUCGAGGCCGAUGUUGAGAAGAUGGAGACUUAUCCCGUGUAUUGGCAUGGGCCAACGUACGAUAUUCGGAGAGGGACAUGGUUCUAUGCAGCGUUUGGAGGAAAUUACCUACCCUGUGACGAAAAUCUAUCUCGACAGAUAGAAGACGGUUAUCGCAAGUUUCAACCAUGGAAGACCGCUCCCCAGCAAUCCACCGGAGUUCCAAAAUCCAUUUCAUCCUCGACCCCGAAUACUUCCGAAACAACAGAACAUGGGAGUAAGAAUUUUCAUGAUCAGAAAGAACAGCGUUGGGCACUUUUUGGUCCAUAUAUGAAUCAGUACGUCGUGUACCAAGGACCUCAUAUUGCAUUCCAGUUUUCGGAUCUUCUAAGCAGUAAAAUCGGCCGCGCGGUUAUGAAUAUUGGUGGAACGCGCUUGAUUCGUGGAUGGGACGAGGUAGAGCGGCUGAAAAAGACGAAAGCGCAGGUUGCGAAAGAAAAAGAGAAAGAGAAAGAAACAUCAAAGGAUAAGACCGGCGAAGAGCUGAAAGAUGAUACCACGGAUGUGCAAACGGAUCCUCUGCAAAAAGCUGGAGAUAAGGUCUCCAUCGCGUCUCUAAUUGCCGAGAUGACCCCGGCUACCUCAUCUACAAAUACAAUCACGCCAGACCAGGCCGAAAAACUUCAGGAGAAGACUGAAGCUGAGGAUUAUAGCGAAUCUGAUGAUAGCGACCGAACUAUAAAUCACUUGGUUCUGGUCAUUCAUGGAAUUGGGCAAAAACUUGGAGAGAGGGUAGAAGCCGUUAAUUUCAUACAUGAUUGCAACAUACUUCGACGAACCAUCAAGGAAUCUUCUCGACAGUAUGCUACUGCAAAGGACCAGUUGCGAUCGAGCCGAAAGGCGGGGCUAAUCAGUAUGCCUGAUGACGGAGGAGUUCAGAUCUUGCCUGUACAAUGGCGUCAGAAGAUACAAUUUGGCAUGUCACGGAAGAUGAAGGCUGCGGGAACGAAUGAUGCUGAAGCGAAUGAGCAAUUCGAGACAGAGACGACAUUGGAAGACAUCACGUUAGAGGGCGUACCCAGUAUUCGGCAAUUGGUGUCAGAUGUGGUCUUAGAUGUCCUUCUCUACAUGACCCCUCGAUAUCGGCAGGAAAUGAUCAAGCAUGUGACAGAGGAGCUCAACCGAAUAUAUCAACUUUUCAAAGAACGAAAUCCAAAAUUCAACGGAAAGGUGUCAAUCUUUGGUCAUUCACUGGGCAGUCUACUGGCAUUCGAUAUUCUCUGCAAUCAACCUUUCAAACGCAGCGGGAUACCUGUUGUGGAUUUGCAACCACCAACACCUGGAGGAAUCAAACGACCUGCCGAAGUAGAUUUGACGGACUUACUACACGGCGCAAUGAGCGCGGAAGAUCGCAGAGUUAAAGGCUUAAUGGAGAGAACAAAUAUGAGAUACGAUCAGCUAGAGUUCGAGGUUGAUAAAUUAUUUGUUGUCGGAUCGCCCGUUGGAUUAUUCCUCUUGCUUAAGGGUGACAAGCUUCAGGCACGUACACCCGAUAUGGCUCCCCCUCCAUCAGAAGGUGAUCAGGUGGAAGGUGUCUCAUACCCUGCGGUCAACGCAAUCUACAAUAUUUUUCAUCCACACGAUCCCGUUGCGUAUCGGAUUGAACCCAUCAUCAAACGAGAAUUCGCCGAGAUCAAGCCGGUGCCGAUUCCAUAUACCAAAGGGGGACUAAAGGGUACCAUUGUAGGCAUUCAGGAUCUUGGGAAUGAUAUCGCGGAUAGAGGCCGAAGCAUGUUAGAAGCAGCAAAACUGGGGAUUGUAUCCACCACAGCAGUCGUUACCAGUGGUUUAACGUCUAGCGUCGGGAAAGUAGUGACCAUGGUAAGCGCGAUCAACGCAUUUAAGCCAACGGGGCAGACAUCGCCCCAUACGGAAGGAAAACUUGACGACGAGGGCCACGAGGGUCUUCCAACCGUUCUUGUUGGGGAUGACGGAAAUGUUGGUACAAAAGGCGAUACCCGCGCCCGCGACACAAGGACAGAACACCAUGAGAGCGAGGUGGAGAUGCAGGAGAUUGUACGGUCCGGACCUGAAGUCACUGGCGUGGAGCGGCUAAAUCCUCGAGGGAGGAUUGACUAUGUCCUUCAGGAAGGCAUGUUGGAGAAUCCUUACAUAUCCGCCCUCGGUGUUCACAUGAACUAUUGGAGCGAUCCAGACUGUGCACUGUUCGUCCUGCGUGAAUUGUAUGGAGAAACGACUGGGGAUAGUAAUCGAUUGAGCGGGAGUUGGUCGAACCUGACAGGCGGACGCCGGGGGAGUGGCGGUGAAGGUGGCGGGGAAAAGCCUCAUGGAACCGGUGAGGGAGACUCACACGCCGGAAGGGAACCUCAUGGUGGUGCAAGCGGCAGCGGCAACACCAAAUCAAACAAGUCGGGCGGAUUUAGUGCGUUUGUACGAGGAACUACAAAGCGAGUGAGCCAAAUGGCGCCCGAUGAUCUCUCGGUGUUUGGGAAGGGCAAGCCAUGGGACAUGUCUAUUCCGGUGGUUUUUCCCAAUACUCAAGGGUCACCGACCCUGGAUGCCUUUUCAAUAUUACACAUUGUCGUCUCCAUUAUUACCAACAUUGUUCUCACCGGCAUACGAAUCGUGUCGCUACUCGUUUUUCCGCUAUAUGGGCAUAGACCGUCAUAGAUGCUCAACUCAGCAUCCACCUCUCCGCCGCCCACGUGUACAGAUAUGACUUUAACUUUCAUAUUCUUUUACGUUUAGUACCUCAUAUGUUUAUAUUACGUUGUCUUUUUAUUGUACAUGACGUUUUCCAACUUAUCUCAACUUAUGAUACUGAGAACGCUAAAAACAAGUUAAUACAUUUAAUUCUAGUGAAUUUUACAAUUUAGACUUUGUACAAGUAAUUAGCAAUUGCAUUCAUUUAAUCAACAACCUUUCUACUGAGUGACAAUAUACACAAAACUCAAUAAACAACCUAAUGAA